UUCGAACCUGUAUCCAUCGCCAAUUUCUUUCUGUCAGCCUAUGGCGAGAUUCAUAUCUCAAACCCUAGUCCGCGAUUCCGAAAUCCUAGUACGCGAAGUCGCAUUCCCUGGCAUUAGAUACGGCAUCAUUACACGAUCAACGCCGUCACAACUCGUUAGCGUCCGCUUACGAUCCUCUCGGCCUAAGGCGAAGCAGCUGUCGGCGUUGGAUUUGGGGGGCGGAUCGGAUGCAAGCACCGUUGAGGUCGAGGUUCUCACCUUGAAGAGGAUAGAGGACGCGAUCCAGAGUUUCGUCAUCAAGAAAGCUGCUCCGGGGUGGCUACCCUUCGCCCCUGGCGCCUCCUAUUGGGCUCCGCCUGUACUACAGGGACUCAGUGAGGUGGAUAUCUUCCAUCGACCUGAGAAUCUGCUGACGAAGGAGGAGAAGCUUUCUCGUACCACAGUCUGUGGAUGGCCAUCCUCUUCCUAUUUUGUGGAUGGUGUAAUUCCUGUACAUUCAACCAUGAUAUCGACGCCUAAAGUUACAGCAAUACAAUCUGAUGAUGAGGAAUGAAUGACAGCUGAACAAGAAACGCCUAAUGCAAUUCACAAGUUGGCCUCUUUUUUCA